AUUAAUUGGUUGUAAUAAGUAUUAACCUUUAGAAAUAAAUAUGAUAAAAAAAACAUUUUCAGACUGAACCUUUAAUUUAUAGCAAAUUCUAGAAAUAGAGAAAUAAAGGUAACUAAUGUAACUGAGUAGCUGCAACCUCAGGUUCUGUGCAUCUUAACUUUCUGUCACCGCGUGUAGAUGAAAAUAAGACGAGGAAGCUGCUCUAAAGGUUCGAGGCUCAUUUACAGCUGAUUCCUGCUCCUGUAUGAAUCUGCACAAAACGCACAAUAGUUGGAACUUUGAGGGGAACAUUCCGUUGCCUUCAGUCCAGUACCAGUUUCCUGCUUCUUUCUCGGACCGAUGAAUAGAGGAAAUCCCUUAAGAGGCUUUCACCAGUUUUCUGAGGAAGUGAACAAAAGUGGGCGGAGCCGCUUUCCGUCGCACAUUAGAGCCAACGUCAGGACGGUCCGGUCCGGCCUGGUCCGGUCCGAGUCCGGCCCGGUAUCAGUAGACGGAAUGAAGGCGUUCCAGCGCUUCCUUCAGUGCAGCUGUUUCAAUGCUGUUAUUCACCUGAGCUACUUGUGACGCUUCAGGUGCUUUUAGCAUCUAAUGCUGUUGAUUGUGUGAUCGAUUGAGUGUUUUCUUACCUGACUCAGCGAGAAACUGUCAGAUAUUAUCUCCACACUCCAAACUGAGUCCAUUGAGUUCCUCAUCUGACUCGUUUUGAAGUCGAAUUCUUCAGAGCUGCUGUGAUCAGAGCUGUGGAGCCUGAUCCUUAUCAUCCCUGUAGCAUUGCGUGUUAUCCCUCCCUCAUCCGCUGCCUUAUCAGCAGCGAGGGCUGGGCUCCUCUCCCACUCAGCCCCAGUCUGCCUCCUCGCUGCCCCGCACCAUGCUCGUCUACCUGCUGGUCCCGGUUCUGGUCCUGGGUGCUGUGGACUCACAAGGAGUCAACACGACGAACACAACGAUCGAGGAGACGAAUGAGGUGGAGCCGAGGAACACAACCAGCGUGUCCACACUGGAAACCACUACCAUGAAAGCGAGCGACGAAUGGAGUCGAGUCGAAGACGAGCUGAAAAGCAACCUGACGUCUGUUUACAGGGAGGAUAAUGAGCGCUUCCAGGAGCUGGAGGACCAGCUGCCGCCUCAGCUCUGCGAGCAGGACCACAUGAUCCACUACAGCCGAGAGCUGUGCGUCGAGCCUUUCCACAGCCAGAUGGAGGGGCUGGAGCCAGGAAACUGGUGCAACAUGCAUAUGUUCAUUGAAUCCUACAACACCAUGACGGUGUGCAUGGAGAACGUGGCUUUCAUCUUCCACUGCUUUUACCCAAACCAGGCCAUUCAAGGCCUCUUCCUCAGCGUCCACUCCAGCUUCUUCCAGAACUGCACCAAGCAGGAGGUGGUGCUGGAGGACGCGCCCCAGUGGCUGGUGGUCACGCUCACGCUCGUCCCCGUCGGCCUCAUCCCCGUCCUCACCUACGUGGUCGUGUGGAAGAGCAAUGUCCCGGAGUGAGAGCUGCUGCCGCACACAGUUGUGACGAGAUGUGGUUCUCAGCUGGUGCGGUGAGGAAUGGAAGCCCAGUGGUUGUUGAUGCUUCACUUCGUUUUAAACAAGGCUGUAGUUACUUUGUACAGAGGCACUGCUUCAUAAUCAUGCUGUUACGUAUUAAAGGCUUUGUGCUGAA